AUGCAAUCGGCGUACUCUGCGUUUUCGCUGGCGGUGCCGUUUCCUUGUGGGCAAGCGGCAACGCACGCGGUGGUGGCAUUCACCUGCGCAGCGCUAGGGUCAGGGGCCUGCGAUGGUCAGUCGAUGCUCCUUGCUUUGGGGUGGAAGAAGAGGACUUACGGAAACACACUUGGCCCGGCACGAGACGUCGCUCGCAUCGCAGGCAGCGAGGCACGUGGCGAUGGCCGCCUCGUACGAGGACUCGGCCGGGCUGAGGCUGUAGGUAGACGUGGCCACAAGGGUUCCGGUAGUCGACGUCGACGUGGUGGACUGGGCCGCGGCAAAGGCAGCAAAGAGGCCGACGAGAGCGGUAGAGAAACGCAUGGUGACGGGAUGGUACUGUGGACCAGAGGGGUAUAUUGUAUCUUAUUAGAAAGGUAA